UGUGUACUCGCUUAAGUAAAAUUUGAGAAAUCCUUGUUGUAAAAUUCUGGCAUUCACCUGUGAAUGUGAUUAGAUUUUAAUCAUCAAAUAACUUAUUCAUUAACAAAAAAUUAAAAUAUAAGCACAUUUAUACUAUAGAGACUAGAUCCAGUGGCUAUAGAUAAAUGAGGUGGCAUAUCGGAGGGUCAAAACAGAUUGGUGUGGUCCUAUUUAUUCAAGAAAGGACUGUAUCGACAGAAGAAGGGUUUAAAGAAGACAAAGAAAUUAAAGGAGAAAAAUCGAUCACGAUGGAUAUUCGUAGUGAUGAUGCAAAAAAACCUAUGAUGAUGUGGUUCUUAGGGAUGCUGUUGUUUUCCAUGGUGGCCGAGUCAAAUGCUCAACUGUCAGAGAAUUACUACGCCUCGACAUGUCCUAGCGUAGAGCUCAUCGUUAAGCAGGCGGUUACUACAAAAUUCAAACAAACUGUCACAACGGCUCCUGCAACGUUGCGGAUGUUCUUUCACGACUGCUUCGUCGAGGGAUGUGAUGCGUCUGUGUUUAUAGCAUCUGAGAAUGAAGACGCAGAGAAAGACGCAGAUGACAAUAAAUCUCUCGCCGGAGACGGAUUUGACACCGUGAUUAAAGCUAAAACCGCUGUAGAAUCUCAAUGUCCCGGAGUUGUGUCAUGUGCCGAUAUACUAGCUCUCGCCGCUAGAGACGUCGUCGUGCUCGUUGGAGGGCCAGAGUUUAAGGUGGAGCUAGGGAGACGAGACGGGCUCGUGUCGAAAGCGUCUAGAGUGACCGGCAAGUUACCUGAACCAGGGCUUGACGUGAGAGGUCUAGUCCAGAUCUUCGCUAGUAACGGGCUUUCAUUGACCGACAUGAUCGCUCUUUCAGGCGCACAUACAAUUGGAUCCUCUCACUGCAACCGUUUCGCCAACCGUCUCCACAAUUUCUCGACGUUCAUGCCAGUGGACCCUACGAUGGACCCGGUCUACGCUCAGCAGCUGAUACAAGCCUGCUCUGACCCCAACCCAGAUGCUGUAGUAGACAUUGACCUAACGUCCAGAGAUACCUUCGACAAUAGCUACUACCAGAACCUCGUGGCUCGGAAAGGACUUUUCACCUCCGAUCAAGCUCUGUUUAACGAUCUCUCGUCUCAGGCUACGGUGGUCAGGUUUGCUAACAACGCUGAAGAAUUCUACAGCGCUUUUAGCUCUGCUAUGAGGAAUCUUGGCCGCGUUGGGGUUAAGGUUGGGAAUCAAGGCGAGAUUCGAAGGGACUGCUCUGCUUUUAACUAG